ACAUGGCGUUGCUGGGCAACAACAGUCCUGCCAACUGCCUAAGAGGUGGAGGGAUGUUAAACCUUGGGGCUUCUCUGUGGGCGCAGCCUGGCGAGAUUCCCAGGCUUGGUUGGCUCUGCAUUGGGACUGACAGUGGCUAAGAUUGGGACCCGGAGGAACUCGGUUACUGUGAGCACAGAGGCUGUUAAUGGGAAGGAGUAAAGCAAUAUAAACAAGAGUCUAGGGUGAAGGGCCAUAGUCUGAGCCAUGAAGAAGAUCUUCAAGGGCCAUUCGCCUUGGGGCUUCCUUAGCUUUAGGCAUGUCAGCACUGAGAACCAAGAACCACCCAGGUACCUCACUGGGUACAUGCCUAUGAAGAAGAUCCACAAAGCUGCAAGCGUCGGGGAUAUAACUGAAGUGCAGAGGAUGCUCGAAUUUGGGCAUGUUGACGUGAACAUUACAGACCGGAAGAAAAGGACUGCUCUGCACUACGCCUGUGCUCAUGGCCAGUCAGAAAUGGUGUCCCUCUUGCUGUGGUACGACUGCAACAUCGAAGCCCGAGACUGUGAGGACAGCACGGCUCUGAUCAAGGCAACCCAGCGCCAGCAUGAGGAAUGUGUCAAGAUUCUCCUGGACAACGGCGCUGACUCCAACGCCGUCGAUGCCUAUCAAAACACGGCUCUGCACUACGCGGUCUACAACAACAACCCCACCAUAGCUUCCAAACUCCUGGCCUUCAACGCAGACACCGAAAUCAAGGCCAAGAAUGGCUACACGCCUCUUAUACUCGCUGUGCUAGAAAACAAAGAGGAGAUGGUGGAACUGUUGUUACAGGCCGCGGCAGACAUAAAUGCCCUGGAUAACUGCAAGAGGUCCCCCCUCAUACAUGCUGUGAGAGCUCAGUUUAAAAAUAUGAUCAGCCUUCUUCUCCAGCAAGGUGCUGAUGUAUCUUUGGUGGAUGUCUAUGGAGCGACUGCACAAAGUUACACUGUUUUUGAAACCUUUCAAGUGCUUUCCAAAGGACCAAGUUCCAGUCAUCUUGAGCGUACAUCAGAAAUGGAUGAACAAAAUUUUGAUGGCAAGGACGACUGCACACUGUGUACACACCUCACCCAGGACAAGGAAAGAAUGGAACAGUUGCCAGCAAAGGAAGAGGAAAACACAGGCACAGUUGGCAGACUGGGGAGCCAAGUUGCCUUAGAUGAUCAAGAGAAGGAACUUGAAAUUUGUGAAGACUGCAAUCCAAAAGCAGAUACAUGUCCUGAAUGCUACUCUAAAACAAGCCUCGCCCACAGACCUAGAACUCCCACGCCUGCAACAGAAGACGAUGAAUGUAGCUUCAGCUCCAAGACUCCAGUGAUCCAGUCACCCAUGUUCACCGAAUCCAACCUCUGGAUCGGGUAUCCAGCCGAUUGGCCGGAACCCAUUAAGUUCUCCAGGCAACCCGCGGUCUACAACCCAAUCGAAUGGAUGGAAGACAUGGAAUCCCAGUCCGUUUCUCUAGGGGAAAGCAAACACCCGGCGUCAGUGUUGGGAAAUGCACAGACACGUGAGUGGCCAGCCAGGGUUUCCAAGGAACCUGGUGCUAAUGAUUCUGAGCCUACAGAAAAAGAGAAUGCUAAGGAUGACCUGGUAUCACUUUUAGCUCCUCUGGAGGAAUACAAACCACAGAUGAAAGAAUUUUCAGUACCUGAAGCUGCCGAGUUACAGACAGAUGUCAAUCUGGAGAGACAAGAUAUUUUAGGAUAUGAAGAAAUGGGAUUGGAAACUUGUCAAGAAAGCAAUCUAGAAGCAGCUGAAAGUACUGAAUCCUGCUCUGUACUAAGGUUCUCCACCAAACCUGAUCGUAGUGACCCUGAGACCACAGCAAGAAAGGACAAAUGUAAUUUUGAUACAAAGGAUAAGUUAGAGAAACAUCUCUUGGCACAGAGAGCAUCCUCGCGUCAAGCCAAGCCGAGCCCUGCACCUUUACAACUCCAAGAUCAAGCGGAGGAGCCAGAGAUGAAGGCGGCUUCUGAUGGAGAAGAUACGUCUGGACCUUCAAGAUCUGCCGAGGGGCAAGUGCUCGGGGGACUGUCGCUAGGAGAGAAACUGGAGGCUAAAGAUGCUCUACAACUUGUCGCAAACAAGCUAAGCCAGAAGCCUGGUGAGAUCUGCGAAGCUGUCAAAAUUGGUGUUCACCACGAGGAAGAGCGACCACGUGAUGACUGGACAGGAAAAACACCCCUGAAGUCGGCCUCCCCUAAACCGGCCCGUGACAGCCUUGGUUGUGAGGACAGAGAUGCAGCUGCAGCGCCGGUCUCUGUCCCACUGCAGACCUUUCCCGGAUGGGAGGAAGGUGGCCUUGGAGAUGUCUUUUCAUCUCCCUCAUCCUCUCGGGUCGUGGGAAACAGUGGCCAGUCAGUUACUAAAUUUCCCUUAAUGAAAAAUAAAUGUGAAAAUAACAAGUCCGAAAUGGAAGAAUCCCUUCAUAAAAGUAAGGAGAAAUCUUCUAAAAAACCAGAAAGUAGAAAGGUAGAUGGUACAUGCCCAGAAGUGUGUAUGGGUGAAAAUCAAGGGGGCCGUGAGUUGAAGGGCCAGUUGCAAAAAACUGUGAAACCGAAACGCAUGGCCUGGCAGUUAGAGAUCAGACACAUGCCCAAGUCCAGCGAACCCAAAGGGCUUUCAGACUUCAAAGAAAAGACUCACGUGAGCGAAUUAAAAGGUUGGGGUGAUUCUACCCUUCCCGACACUUACAAGAAAAGUAAAGGCGCAUGGGACUUUACCCAGAAGCCCCUGCACAGCAAGGGCGAAGCCCCGCCGCGCACCCUGGGAACCGCCCGUGCCCCGCCUCCGGCUGGCAGGACAGCAAGCACUUUUGCAGAUGAAGAUCUUCAGGACUCGCUGUCCGACAAUGAGUUCCACGUUCUGGAGGAAGAGAUCCUGGCCUGGGAGAAAGUCCACCUCGAAAACGAGAGUGUCUCUGAGGAUCUGCUGAACAAGUGUGAGGGGAUUUCAUCUGAUGCCACAAAUCCAAAGAGGAACUAUCUAGAAAAUGAAGACACUGGAGAGGACUCGGACUUUGAGGUGACAAACCAGUCAGAACACGAGAGUCUUGAUGACAGUGAAAAUUCCCAGCUGCAACUUACUUCAAAGGUUGAAGAAAUGAACAAGAAGCAGUGGAGUCUGGAAUUGGGAGUCUCGGAGAACCCGUGUCUUACGGUCGCUGACUAUAAUGACAAUGAGUUGAUUGUCAAAAGGAAAAGUGAAAGAACCGAGAAGCUGCUUCCUCCUGAGGAGGAAGAUGAACUUGCUAAGCUGACAAAGAGACAAGCUGAAGAAAAGCACAAGAUGGAAACCCAAGUGCAUCAAGUCAACGAAAUGGAAGAAGCCAACAGCCGAAGUCAGCCUUCUGAGACAGCCUCAGGCAAUGAUUCUAGUAGCCCGCUGGAACUCUGGGACAUGAUUCAUUCAUAUGAAAGACUGUUGGAGCUUAAAAAUAGUCACGACGAACUAUUCACAGGGAAACUUGAAAACAUGGAAAAUGAGGCCAGUGGGGCACAGAGAGAACAAACAGAAAUGAAGAAAAUAAAAUCCUUUGUACAGCAUAAAGGAGUGCAAGGGGAAGAACUCCGCGCCUUGAGUUGA